AUGGCUCUCCGCCCGUGCAAGGUCCUCAUCGUGGGAGGUGGGAUCGCCGGUCUCUCCCUUGCGCUUAUGCUAGAAAAGAAUGCAGUGGACUAUUUAUUACUGGAGGCAUACCCGAAUAUUGUGACAGAUGUCGGGGCUGGUAUCUGUAUGAUGCCCAACGGUCUCCGAGUCCUUGAUCAGCUGGGCUGCUAUGAGGAUUUGCUCAGUCAUACCAGGAAUCCCGUCACUAGUGUAUCCUGGCGAGAUCUAGAGGGCAAGGCACUGGGGUCGAUAGAUGGUUCAACGACAAGUGAAAGAUAUGGCUAUUCUUAUCUGUGGAUGGACCGCAAGGCACUGCUCGAGGUCCUUUACAGUCGCAUCUCGGACAAAUCAAAGGUGUUGACCCAGAAGCGUGUCGCAACGGUUCACCACACCGAGAACAGUGUCGAGGUGACCACGACAGAUGGAUCAAGAUACAGCAGUGACAUUCUUGUCGGAGCGGAUGGGACGCACUCUCGUAUCAGACAAGAAAUGGUUCGCUUAGCAGGAACCCUCGGACUCCAGGACGAUUAUGGCGACGAGACCCCUGCAACCUAUUCCUGCAUCUUCGGCGUGUCAACUGGGGUUCCCGGAAUCCCCCCAGGCUGUCUCGACUUUGUCGUAAACGAACAGUCCUCACACAUCGUCGGGAGUGGACCUGAUAACCGGACGUACUGGUUUCUCAUGGCCCACAUGGGACAGACCUUCCACGGUGAAGAUAUACCUCAAUUAAGCAACAAAGAACAAGAUGCUCUCGCUCAAAAACACUGGAAUGACCACAUUAGGCCGGACGUGCGAUUCUCGGAUCUCUAUAAGAACAGAAUAUCGACCAUAUACACUCCUAUGCGUGAAUGCGUGGACAGACAUUGGCACUUGAACAGAGUCAUGCUCAUUGGCGAUGCCGUACAUAAGAUGCUUCCUAGCAUCGGACAAGGAGGAAGCCAAGCUGUUGAGAGCGCAGCGGCGUUGACAAACAGCCUCAUGGAGGUUUUAUCGAAACCGUCUUCUUUGGGUGCACCGUCGACUACAGAGCUUUCCAGCAUAUUUCAGCAGGUCCAAGAUAUUCGCGCCGCGCGAUUGUCCCAAAUGAUGGAUAUGGCUCACCGUCGCCAGCAGAUGGACGCUAUGGAGACUCCGGAAUUAAGAGAUACUAUUUUGAAUAAGUUCCCCAAGUUAUUACCAGGAGUGGCGAUACAGCGAUGGGACGCAACCUUUCUCUCGGGGGUCUCGUUGAGAAUGCUUGACAUUCCUGCUAGACCUAGAACAGCUAUAUUCCAUGACGAGAGGCGAAAAGACGAAGGAUCCACCGAAAAAACGGCGAGGAUAUGA